CUCCAGACAAUGUCCCCCGCCGGGUCCGGAUCGCUUGGCCUGGUCCUACUCGCCCACACCGCCCGCUGCAUCAUCACGACUUCCCAUUUCUGCAUCGACCUGGCCAACGCCAACCUCCACCUUUUUGCUCUUUGGGCCAAGUCUUGUUUUCUCGCGGCUACUCUCAACUUCCUCUCAUUCACUCAGUCUAUCAACAUCAUUGUUGCCGCUUCAAAGCACACCCUUGUUGCCAGCCAGGUAACUAUCACCGUCCUCAUUUGGGCGAUUCCCUACCUCAUUUUCCUCGAGUGCAUCAUCUACCUUGCCGCACUCAUCAUUCUACUGGAAAAAUGCGAGACCGUCUAUCUGCAUCUUCGUUCCUCCCGCUUCGGAACCGCAAUUCUCGGACACCAAAGCAUACCACGUCGCGUCCGACUAUCUCGGGACCUGUUGGGCCUGUCCAGCGUAGCAGCGGACCGGAUCUUGAGCGUGCCGCAGCAAUCACCGUCGUUUCGAGCAUCAACGACACCGAAAAGCAAUCCUCAGAUAUCUCACAGACGGAGACAGACGCUGAUUCGGGAAUCGGCCAUUCAGCUCUUGGCCCUCAUCGACAAGGCGAUAAUCUCAAGACUUCCCAAACAAGCAAAGGUGAUGGAGCCCUCGAACGUGUCAAUCCCAACCAUCGAAAAUCCCAAGGAGGUACCUGCCCACCUCUUCAGCGGCAAGGCAUCUUUUCCGGUCGUGGAAGCUACCAACCAUAUCUCACUUCUCAAAGACAAGCUACUGUCAAAGAUCGUCGAGUCUUGGGGGAGAUUUCCCACGCCAACGCUGACAAUACGCGCAUUCCAUCUCCAGAUGAGGCCGCUCUUGCGCAGUGUGGGAGAAUUCGUUCCCAAGAGAACCAGCUCAUACCACCAUCGGAAACAGCAGACCAAAUGUGCCUGGCAAGAUCUCAUGGAGUUCGACGACUGUCAGCCAGCUUCACCACAGGAGGACCAUUGUCCAGCAACCCGACUGUCGCCAGCUUCCCCGUCACCGCCAUCACGGGUGGCGCACACCUGCCAGGGCAGUCUUAUAUACCCGUGUCGUCCGAAAACGAAAGAGGCGCGAGCGAUACGGUUGAAAGCUCCGGCGGAAGCAGCCCUAUUCUCAAAGCGACUCCCCAAGUCUCGCACUCUUACCGUUCUGUCAAACCUCACAGCCUCUCUCUCUAGAACAUCUCUAGUGAGCUUCACUGGAAGCGACCGCAAGGCCUCACUUCAGACAGUGGCUUCUCGCAAGACCAGCAGCUCUUCGACUCUGACAACGACCAUUCCUACAAGAACCCCCACACCCGUUACUCCUGAACUUAAUCCACUCAUCAUCACGACAGCGCAGCCAUCGGCGUAUUGGUCGGGUCGUUUCAUGUCUUUACAGGAUCGUUUCCAAGGCGAAUCCCUUCAAGAGCAGACUCUAUCAAUCUUUGUCACAGCCCACGCCUCCAAGGCCAGUAUUCUUGCUCAACAACGUGCCACCUACCAAGGCCGUGGCAAUCUUCCCCUAAGCACCACAACGGCCCUCGACCGCUACGGUACUGCCGCUAUCCAAGAGGCUAAGCGACUCUCAGACGAAGAUAAUCGGAGCCUUCGCAUCUUCCUACACCUCCAAGCACUCUGCGGUACACCCGAGGCCCAGAAAAGCUUACACGCAUGGCGAGAGGCAUAUGCUCGAAGGAUGGGACGCAGUGUCCUCCUGCCAGAAGGUACAAACUCGGACAGGGGAUUCGUUGCGCGGCUCUUUAGUGGAAGCGGAGGCGGAAGGCGAAGCAUUGGCGGCUCCCAGAUGGAGAGAGAUGCUGGCAAGGGCAAGCAG